AUGACAACAGACAUGAUAGAGAGCAAUAACACCAAAUCCAGUGCUCCCCUCCUGACCCAAAGAUACUUGAGAAUGGUGACCAAGGACGGACACAGCACAUUCCAGAUGGAUGGUGCCCAAGGAAAAGGUCUGGCAUACCUCCGAGAUGCAUGGGGAAUAUUAAUGGACAUGCGCUGGAGAUGGAUGAUGCUUGUCUUUUCUGCUUCUUUUGUCAUUCACUGGCUAGUCUUUGCAGUGCUUUGGUAUUUGCUGGCUGAGAUGAAUGGGGACCUGGAGCUGGACCAUGAUGCUCCGCCUGACAACCACACUAUAUGUGUCAAGUAUAUCACCAGUUUUACAGCUGCUUUCUCCUUCUCACUGGAGACGCAACUCACAAUUGGUUACGGCACUAUGUUCCCAAGUGGGGACUGUCCCAGUGCUAUCGCGCUGCUUGCAAUACAGAUGGUCCUGGGGCUCAUGCUGGAAGCCUUCAUCACAGGUGCUUUCGUGGCAAAGAUCGCCCGACCAAAGAAUCGGGCAUUCUCCAUCCGCUUCACCCGCUCUGCUGUAGUGGCACACACAGAGGGGAAGCCAUACCUUAUGUUCCAGGUGGCCAACACACGCUCCAGCCCACUGACUAGCGUCCAGAUUUCUGCUAUACUUUACCAAGAACAAGAGAAUGGGCAGCUGCACCAAACUAGCGUUGACUUCCACCUAGACAGCGUUACUUCGGAGGAGUGUCCUUUUUUCAUCUUUCCACUGACCUACUACCAUUCAGUCACUCCAUCCAGCCCCCUGGCUGCUCUCCUCCAAAGAGAAGCCGCUCACCAUUUUGAGCUGGUCAUUUUUCUGUCAGCGGUGCAGGAGGGCACAGGAGAAAUGUGUCAAAGGAGAACAUCCUACCUCCCCUCAGAGAUCAUGCUAUACCACCGCUUCGCCUCCGUGCUAGCCCGCAGCCCCAAGGGUGAAUAUCAGAUCAAGAUGGAGAAUUUUGACAAGACUAUUCCUGAGCUCCCACCUGCGGCUGACUCAAAUAGUCCAAAAAGGACUGACAAGGAGAUCCGCAUCAAUGGACAGCACGCCGACAGCUUCCAGCUCUCCGAGACUGGCCUCACAGAAUAG